ACCCCAGGUAGCAGCUGGGGAAACCACAAGAAAUUAUAGAAUAUCUCUGAUUUUUGUGUCAUUUCUAAAUUAAAACUAGACCUGUAUCUCCAUAAUCUGCGUAACAAGUGGAUAUUAGAAGUCCACUUACAAGUUAAUAAAACAAAACUUCAAUUUUAUUUCUCUUAUUUACAAAAAAAGAAAAAAUAUCAUGCACUAAACAGCAACACAAAAUCCCUAGUCUUUGGUUCUCCCUUCCUAACCACCAUGAAUCAUCUUUAUGAGGACUGUUAGAACACCUAACUGGUCAGUGUUAUCACCAUGGAUUCUCAAAUACUAAACUUGCUAGCCCUUAUACCCCUUUUCCUUUUCAUGAUUGUGGUACUAAAAUUAGGGAGGAACCAAAACAAAACUGAGUCACCUCCUAAUAUACCCCCCGGACCGUGGAAGGUGCCUAUUAUGGGAAACAUACCCCAUCUUGUUACAUCUACACCACACCGAAAGCUAAGAGACUUGGCCAAAAUAUAUGGGCCCUUGAUGCAUCUGCAACUUGGGGAGAUCUUCACAAUCAUUGUUUCCUCACCAGAGUAUGCUAAGGAGGUAAUGAAAACUCAUGAUGUCAUCUUUGCAUCAAGGCCUCAAACUCUAGCUUCAAAUAUGUUGUCCUAUGGAUCCACAAAUAUUAUUGGAGCACCUUAUGGAAAUUACUGGAGACAACUACGAAAGAUAUGCACAGUAGAGCUUUUCACCCAAAAACGUGUGAAUUCAUUCAAGCCACUAAGAGAAGAAGAGCUCACCAAUCUCAUCAAAAUUAUUGAUUCACAUAAUGGGUCACCCGUCAAUCUCACUGAAGCAAUACUAUUAUCAAUGUACAAUAUCAUUUCAAGAGCUGCCUUUGGCAUGAAAUGCAAAGAUCAAGAAGAAUUCAUAUCAGUGGUGAAAGAAGGAGUAACAGUUGCAGCAGGUUUUAACAUAGGAGAUCUCUUUCCUUCUGCUAAAUGGCUUCAACUUGUCACUGGUUUGAGGCCUAAGCUUGAGAAGUUGCAUCGAAAAAUUGAUCAGAUACUUGAAGACAUCAUCGUUGAACAUAAAGAAGCAAAGUCAAAAGCCAAAGAAGGCCAAGGUGAAGCAGAGGAAGACUUGGUAGAUGUUCUCCUAAAAUUCCAGGAUGGUAACCAGGAUAUUUGCUUAACAAUAAAAAAUGUCAAGGCUAUAAUCCUGGACAUAUUUGGUGCUGGAGGAGAGACAUCAGCAACUACAAUAAAUUGGGCAAUGGCAGAGAUGGUAAGGGAUCCAAGAGUAAUGAAGAAAGCACAAGUUGAGGUGAGAGAGGUAUUCAAUAUGAAAGGAAUGGUUGAUGAAAUUUGCAUUGACGAACUCAAAUAUUUGAAAUCAGUUGUCAAAGAGACCUUAAGGCUACACCCUCCAGCUCCUCUUCUAAUUCCAAGAGAAAAUGGACAAGCAUGUGAGAUUCAUGGUUAUCACAUACCUAUCAAAAGCAAGAUAUUUGUAAAUGCUUGGGCAAUUGGAAGAGAUCCAAACUUCUGGACUGAACCAGAGAGGUUUUAUCCAGAGAGAUUCAUUGAUAGUUCUAUUGAUUACAAGGGGAAUAAUUUUGAGUACAUUCCAUUUGGUGCUGGAAGAAGAAUAUGUCCAGGCAGCACAUUUGGUUUAAUAAAUGUUGAGUUGGCCCUUGCAUUUUUGUUGUAUCACUUUGAUUGGAAGCUUCCAAAUGGAAUGGAAAGUGAGGAGUUGGACAUGACUGAGGAAUUCGGAGUGACUGUUAGAAGAAAAGAUGAUCUAUACUUGAUACCUAUUUCUUCUUACCCUUUUCAAUAAGACAAUUACAGUCUAAGCAAAAGCUAUAUAACCUUUGAAUUUGUAAUUUACCCAUUUAGUACUGAAAUAAGGCUUGGUUUAUCUUCGUUGGUUUUUGAAUUGAAAAGUUUAUGAUGCAUCAAAAUUCAGUGACAAUCAUGUUAAGGACCUUUAUGCUAACAAGAGAAAUUUAGUUGCAACAAAUUGCCAUGUUGCGUUAUAAGAUUAAAUGGGGAACACACUACAAGGAAAUAUGUGCAGCAAAAGGAAAAUGAAUAUUUUAAUGAGGGUUGAGAAAGGUCGCAUUGGUGUGAAUGAUUCUUUUUUUUUUUCUUGGUACUCUUUUCCCCUCUCCUUUUAGUGUAUCCUCUUCAUAUUUCACUACUCUGAUCUCUUAUUCUCUGACUCACUUUAGCAAGUUUAU